CUCACAUAUCUUCUUUAAAACAUCAUAAUAAUGAAGAAAACAUCCCACAAACUUCAAUUUUUAACCCAAAUGAGCGGAAAAAAACGCCAAACCUGGCAACACAUCCUCCUCGCAAUCUGAUUGGCUGUUCGGUCAGAAUCAAAACGUCGUCAUGUGACCUCGGCCCCACAAACAAGGAAGUGACUGGAGACGGGUCCAGAAUGGCAGCAGCUCUCCUGUGUGUCCUCCUGGCUGGUCCAGUGCUGCUGGUUGCUGCCGGCCCAGUUCGUGACUCCAUCAAUGGGACCGUACCACUGGUAGUGUGGCAUGGGAUGGGUGACAGCUGCUGUAACCCUCUGAGCAUGGGAGCGAUAAAGAAGAUGGUCGAGGUGGAGAUCCCUGGCAUUUACGUGCUCUCAUUGAUGAUCGGGAAAAACGUCAUAGAGGACACAGAAAAUGGGUUUUUCAUGGACGUGAACAAACAGGUGUCCAUGGUGUGCGAGCAGCUCGCUCAGGACCCCAACCUGAAGGGAGGAUACAAUGCUAUGGGCUUCUCCCAGGGGGCGCAAUUUCUGAGGGCUGUGGCUCAGCGCUGCCCCUCUCCACCAAUGAAAAACCUGAUCUCCAUCGGUGGUCAGCAUCAAGGCGUGUACGGUCUGCCCAGGUGUCCCGGAGAGAGCUCUCGUAUCUGUGACAUGAUCCGCAAAGCUCUGAACAGUGGCGCUUACUCCGACCUGGUUCAGGAACACCUGGUGCAGGCGCAGUACUGGCACGACCCGCUAAAUGACGACCUCUACAAGAAGCACAGCCUGUUCCUGGCCGACAUCAAUCAGGAGAGGGUUGUAAACGAGACGUACAAGAAGAAUCUUCAGCGGCUGGAAAAGUUUGUCAUGGUGAAGUUCCUGCAGGACACUGUGGUGGAUCCUGUCGUUUCUGAGUGGUUUGGUUUCCUGAAAACCGGGCAGGGCAAAGAGACAGAGACUCUACAGGAGAGCGUUCUCUACACGGAGGAUCGUCUGGGGUUGGCGGCCAUGGACAAAGCUGGGAAGCUGGUUUUUCUGGCAACUAAGGGAGAUCACCUCCAGUUCACCAGAGAAUGGUUCGACGAAAACCUGCUGCCUUACCUGCGCUAAAAACACUUUAUAAUAUCAACCUGCAAUUAAAUGCAAGUUAAAAUUAAAAGGCAUUACAGUCUUACCAGAGAUAGGGAGAAGAUAGUUUCUUCAUUUUGCACUGAUCACUCAUAGCAUGUUGAUGCAGGUUUUCUUUGUGUUCAACACUGUAAUACUAAGACCAGACUCAGGAAUAUUAUUUCCACUGUGAGCUCAACGGAUGAGGUCCAACUCUUUUAACAGCCUAAAAAUGUUCAUAAUUUCACUGAUGUGAUGCAUCUGUACAUCUAAUAAAGACAGACCAAAAUACAUUGAUUUUUAUUGCAACAUUUUUUAAUGACGUCUCCAGAACUAAUGAGCAGACUUCUGAUUUUGGACCCAAAAUGAUAAGAGGUAAAAGAAAAAGAGACAAUAUUUAAAAAAAGAAAUCAGUGAAGAGUGGAGACAGGGUGAGGAGGGAGGGAAGAGACGCUGAGGGAUAUUUACACACACACGAUCACACCAGAUAUUUCCAAUCUAGAGACUGACGUGGAGGUGGAGCCUUCAGUAACGAUCAAUUAUUUCUUUCAGUCUCUUUGUUUUGUGUCAUUUUCUUUCUCCUCCGCUCUGCAGCGACCUCUCUCUGCUCUUUACCACAACUUUUUCUUACAGGCCUCUUUACAUGGAAUGUUUUUAACACUUGGGAAUGUUCUAUGUGUGGGUUAAAGGGAAUGUGGGAUUAUUGAGUUUUGUCCUAUUUUAAUUGCACAACAUCAUCAAGAUGAAGAGUUAGAUGGUGUGAAAUAGACAGUGGUUUCACAGACUACUUGUUUUUGUGUCUAAUUAUGUGCUUUGAGUGCCGACAAUUGUUUUUUUUAAUAUAUAUUUAUAUCAUCUGCUUUGAAUGUUACAUAAUCUUACAGUCAACAUCAGUGGCGGUGAUAUGGAAGCCAGCAGCCUCUGUUAAAUGGCUUCAGUGAAUUGCAUGAAAA